UCGCGAAUUCCUGCCCACCAUGCGCAGUGGGCGCGCUCCCGUCCGGGCCGGCAGGACCACUCCUAGUCUCGGCGUCGAAUGGGACAGGACGUGUACUGGCGGUGUUCUGCGGCACGGGAUAUGGCGAUGUUCCGGGGACACGUGUAGAAUCGCCCGCGAUGGGGCGCAGCCGGAUGGUCUGGCCAACCGUGCUGGUGACCCUCUUGGCCCUGGGAUGGGCUUUUGCUGGUUCGCCCGGAGCAGGAGGAAGCUACUUGGGCGACGUCAACGUUUCGGCCAUUUUGGACUCCUUCAGCGUCAGCUACGACAAAAGAGUAAGACCGAAUUACGGAGGCCCACCCGUGGACGUGGGAGUCACGAUGUACGUGCUAAGUAUCAGCUCGUUGUCCGAGGUCCAAAUGGACUUCACCUUGGACUUUUACUUCCGGCAAUUCUGGACGGACCCCCGGCUGGCGUUCAGGAAGCGACCCAGCGUGGAGAUCCUCUCCGUCGGCUCGGAGUUCAUCAAGAACAUCUGGGUGCCGGAUACAUUCUUCGUUAACGAGAAGCAUUCUUCUUUCCACAUGGCCACCACCUCCAACGAGUUCAUCAGGAUACACCAUUCCGGAUCGAUUACGCGGAGUAUUCGAUUGACAAUUACCGCUUCGUGUCCGAUGAAUCUCCAGUAUUUUCCAAUGGAUAGACAGCUCUGCCAUAUCGAAAUCGAAAGUUUCGGUUAUACGAUGAGGGACAUCCGGUAUAAAUGGAAUUCGGGCGUUAAAAGCGUCGGAAUUAGCAACGAAGUGGAGCUGCCCCAAUUCAGGGUGCUGGGACACAGGCAGAGACAAACCAUUAUAUCGUUGAGUACAGUCGGUUACACCAUGCGGGACAUCCGGUAUAAAUGGAACGAAGGUCCCAAUUCGGUUGGUGUAUCCAACGAGGUGUCGCUGCCCCAAUUCAAGGUCCUGGGACACAGGCAAAGGGCCAUGGAAAUCAGUCUGACCACAGGAAAUUACUCGAGAUUAGCCUGCGAGAUACAAUUCGUACGAUCGAUGGGUUAUUAUCUCAUUCAAAUUUACAUCCCGUCCGGCCUUAUCGUCAUUAUCUCAUGGGUGAGCUUCUGGUUGAAUCGUAACGCCACCCCUGCUAGGGUAGCCCUUGGUGUCACCACUGUAUUGACCAUGACAACUUUGAUGUCUUCGACCAAUGCUGCUCUACCAAAAAUUUCCUACGUGAAAUCCAUCGAUGUCUACCUGGGGACCUGUUUCGUGAUGGUCUUUGCCAGUUUACUAGAAUACGCCACCGUUGGUUACAUGGCGAAACGAAUACAAAUGCGAAAAAACCGGUUUCUAGCGAUACAAAAAAUAGCCGAGCAGAAGAAACUAAAUGUUGAUGGUGGACCUGACGAUCAUGCGCCCAAACAAACAGAGGUACGCUUCAAGGUUCACGACCCCAAGGCGCACAGCAAGGGCGGCACGCUCGAGAGCACCGUGAACGGCGGCCGUGGAGGCGGCGGCGGCGAUCGCGGGGGCGGCGCCCCCGACGAGGAGGCCUGCGCCCCCAUACCCCAGCACAUCAUCCACCCCAACAAGGACAUCAACAAAUUGUACGGGAUCACGCCGUCGGACAUCGACAAGUACUCCAGGAUAGUGUUUCCCGUGUGUUUCGUGUGCUUCAAUCUGAUGUACUGGAUCAUUUACUUGCACAUUUCCGACGUCGUCGCCGACGAUCUAGUGCUCUUGGAGUCCGAUAAGUGAAUCGGAGAGGGCGAUGGACGGGCGAAUGGGUUCCUGGUGAUUUGGCGGUUUCGUUUGGUUUUAGUUGUACUAGGUUCAUUGGUACUUUACUAUAAGCUCGUUUGAGGUACUGUCGCAAGCUUAUUGUUCGUUUAAAUUUGAGGGGUGAGGUUACUUGGGAUGUUUUAGGUGUGUUUUGGACAUAUUGGGUGUGUCCAAUUGUGCAUGGGAGAAUGUACUUGUACUAUAUUAUUUGAGGUUGUUUUUGGUCUAUGUGAGAUUGGUUAAAAUAAUGCUAGAAUCGAUGUUAUUGAGUUCAAGGAGGGUACAAUCAAUUAUUAAAGAACUAGAGUUGAUUUUGGAGUGUUCAAAAAGUUGAAAAUCGAUUAUUAAAGAACUAGAAUUGAUUUGGGAGUGUUC